UGGUCACCCCGACAUCCCCACAAUUAGUGGUCUCUUUUGACGCGGUUGACCCGUCGAAUCCUCCAAACAGACGUUAUCGAGAUCCAAAGUAUCACCCGGUCUUGGUACAUGAUUAUGAUGAGGAGGCGAAUAUUGCAACAGUGUUCAUAUGCAAUCGGAACCCAUUGUGCCCAUCCAGAUAUGCACCUAUGGCCGACUCUCCCCGUCUUUGCAAUCAACCUCCCGAAAGAAUUCACCCAGAUCCACCGGGUGCCUUCAGUGGCGAAGGCUCAUACAUAAACUUCUCCCACCCGAUCAGAUGUCGAGUCCUGUUUCGUGAUGACCGUAUCCGCCGGAAUGCUCCUUGCUCUAUCCCGGUAAGAGGUCUUUUUGUGCAACUAAAAAAUGGGAGUACGCCUGCCACAGUAACGCUCACUGGUGAUGAGAAAAAGUGUUUAAUGAGGCUACAUUGGCGAUACUGGAAUGGGCGGCGGUAUAAAUAUGUGCCGGAUGGUGAGGUCGGAGAUGCUGGGAAUAGGAAUGGGGAUGGACAUGAGAAUGAGGACGGAGAUGAGCAUGAGAAGAGGGUUGAUAAUAGGAAUGGGGACGGGGAUGGAGAUGGGAAUGGGAAUGGGAAUGGGAAUGAGGAUGGGAAUGAGGAUGGGGAGGAAGAGGGAGAUCAGGACGAGAAGAACAGGAAGAAAUGGGCAAGGAUUGUGUCGUACGCUCUUCAUAAUCCCGUGAUCCCCACAGAGCUCGAGGAUGAUGAGUUACCAUGGUUAGUUUUACCAUUGGAAGUUGGCGGAUUAACUGCCUGCGGGCAUGAUGAUGGCUUAGAGUCAUUUUGUGAGCAAUUUGCUCUUCACGUUGCCGUCUGACAAUGCACACUUUGAAUGUGCAGCACACAAGAGUGACUUUGCGUCGUGAAUUGGGACAAUGUUGACUUGUUUUGAAUAGAAUUGUACAUGUGCUUUGAACCAGC